AUGAUUAAAAAAAGGAUCGUGUAAGUUUUAGCUACAGAUUCAAGUUAAAAGAUUAGAUUGAAAACAAAAGAUAGAUAGAUAGAUGAUAUACUUAGAUUGGAUGCUAAAUAUUUUGGAAUAUUGAAAGAAAAUUAAAAGCAAAAAAGGGGUAUUUUUUUUCGAGAAAUAAAUUAAAAUGAGUAAGCGUUGUUCUAGCAAAUUAUUUUAAAUGAAGAAAAAUAAAGAAAAAAAAAGUGUAAAUCAACUUUAUAAUUUUAAAGUAAAUGUGCAAGUGUGGACGUAUAAACAAAAUUGCAUUCAGGUUUUAGAUUAUGUUAAAUCAAGGCAAGCACAGAAAAUGUAUGUGUAAGAAGUUUUUUUGGGUAGAAAUUUGUAAAAAGAAAUAAUCAGAUAGCUUAAUUAAUUAAUGUAAUUACACUAGAUAUAUAUGGUAUAGAUAUUUAUUUUUUCUUUUGUUUUCCUUCUAAUUAAUAUGUAAGAAUUUUCUCAGUACUAAAAGCAAGCAAAUAAAUAAAUAAUUAUGUAAAAAUGUGA